AUGAACAACAUGGAAUCACUUCUGAGGAAGCGGACAGCCAUCGAAGGAAGGCUCAGGCGAGCAGAGCAGCGCAUCGAGGCCCUCAAUCCUGAGGGAACUGCCCUGGAGCACCUGAAAGCGGAGCUCGAAUGCCUCCAAGACCUCUUGGUGGAUUUUCGUGCAAUUCAAAACCACAUUCUCGACCAAUGCAUUGCCGUUGACGACAUCGAGGAGCAUUUGGAUGAGGAGGAAUCAAUCAUCAAGCGAUUCAACGCGUCGAAAGCGAAGUUGAACGGCGGAAUCUCCAAGCUUCUAGCACCAAUGGAGCAACCGAAGGACACGAAGCAGGAAGACAGCGGAAGCAACGAUGCCGAAUCAUUUGGAACCGAAGAGGAAGGCCGAGACUCAUCGAUACUAGCUCCGGAAGCACCAGCAGUCGGUGCGAAUUUCAUCCAGGAGAGCUCGGAUGGUGGAGGCGCAACCCAAAUCCGGUCCCAUGUACGGCUCACUGCUCCGGAGCUUCACUUGCCGAAAGGGAUACUACCAACUUUCACCGGCGAAUACAGUGAAUGGUCGUCGUUUUUCGAUUUGUUUCUCAGCGCAGUCGACAAAAACGAGAAUUUGUCGAAGGCACAGAAGCUGUUCUACCUCAAGACGUAUACAUCGGGUAAGGCAGCAGCAGUUAUUAAGCAUGUCAGGGUGGAAGAUAGCGCUUAUGAUGGCGCUCUCGAAGCUCUAAAAAGACGGUUCGAUCGAAAGGAUCUUAUCGUCGCUCACCACGUUCAGCGAUUCAUUGAAAUUCCGUCGUUUACAGUAGCAACCGGCCUCUUGCUCCGGAGACUGCACGACACAGCGGAUGAUGUAACUCGAGCCUUAGCAGCCCUUCGACGGGAGGAACGGGAUUGUUGGUUGAUCCACCUCUUACUAAUGAAGGUGGAUGUCGAAACGCGCCAACAUUGGAUCGACCGGACAGCCAUCUUUGAAUUCCCAGCCAGUGUGGAAGAAUUUCUUGGAUUCAUCGACCAGCGUGCCUACGCGCUCGAGACUGCGCAUAACUCUUCGUUUCGAUCGGGAGGUGCUCCGCAUCGUCCAUCGGGAAAUCCUCCGCAUCGUCCAUCGUCCGGAAGAUUUGAUCGCAGUCAGCAGCGAAGCCAAAGCUUCAUCAGCACGGGCAUAUUUAGGCGCCAGUGCGAAGUGCAACUACAUCGUAUGGAUCUCUGCACCAACUGUCUGCGCGUUAAGCAUGGUGUAGCAACUUGCGAUGCCGGAAGGUGCAGGAAGUGCAACGAAGCUCAUCACACAUUGCUCCAUGAUAGCCUAGUUCCAGCGCAGGUACAUCUGUCAUUUGGAACGGUGAACCAUGUAGCUUCGGAUUCGUUUUCGUCUGUUUUUCUGGCCACGGCUAUCAUCUGGGUGACUAGUGCAUCAGGUGAACGUAUUUCGGCACGAGCUCUUCUUGAUUCGGGAUCUCAAGCAUCCUUUGUCACCACCAAGCUUGUUGAGCAACUACAGCCCGAGACACACCGUAUCGACAUACCGUUGAAGGGAAUAUCGGGAAUGUCAACCAAAUUGAGGAAAGCAGCGUUCGUAAACAUCGGAUCUAGGCAUUCCAACCUGCAGAUGACUCUGGAGUGUGCCAUUCUGGACAAGAUCUCCGAUCAGUUACCCCAUCGUCAGUUCGACAUCGACAGUUGGAAGUUGAAUACCAGCAUACCAUUGGCAGACGAGCAUUUCAACAAACCAGCCUCUAUUGACCUGCUCAUCGGUGCCGGGGUGUUUUAUCAGCUUUUGGAAGGCGGGCGCAUUUCGUUGGGUCCAAGCAAGCCAGUGUUGCAGCAGACAGUUCUAGGUUGGGUCGUCGCAGGAGAAUGCCGCACCGAAGCUGCCAGCAACAAGCCCUCGUUGUGUCUCAUGACUUCUCUGUCUGAUGACGAAGCAGAACCUGAACCAACAGUGAACCAACUUGUCUCUCGAUUCUGGGAACUGGAAACCCUCGUGCCGCAGCGCCACCUCUCAGUGGAAGAGCGGUUGUGUGAGGACCACUACAGACAGCACACCACCAGGGACCAUACUGGGCGGUACGUCGUAAAACUCCCGUUCAAGCGAGAUCCAGUCGAGAUUGCGGAGACCGGGUACCAGGCAUUAAAGCAGUUUGAUCUUCUGAAAAAACGGCUGAACAAGGAUCCAGAACGUCAGAAGAUGUACGAAGAAUACAUCAACAAUUUUAUCAUAGCGGGUCACAUAAGCAGAGCAGAGCCAUCUACGAAACAGCAACGCACGAUAUUCCUGCCUCACCAUUGCGUGCUGAAGGAGGACAGCACUACGACGAAACUUCGAGUGGUUUUCAACGGGUCGAUGAAAUCCAGCAACGGAGUGACGCUCAACGACUUGCUGAUGACAGGGCCGGUCGUGCAGAAGUCUCUUUACUGCAUUCUUCUCAAUUUCCGAACCCAUCGAGUUGCAUUAACCGGAGAUAUCGAGAAAAUGUAUCUGCAGGUUAGAGUGUCACCAGAGGAUAGCGAUCGGAUUCGUAUGAUCUGGCAAGAGCCGGGUCGAAAGGUGGCUGAGUACCGGAUGAACACAGUCACGUUUGGUUUAGCAUGCGCACCUUUUCUGGCAACACGCACCCUUAAACAACUUUUCAUCGAUGAGGGCAACGAGUUUCCGAUAGCGAAGGAAUCGGAAAAUGACAUCUACGUCGACGACUGCUUGACCGGUGCUGACACCGUCGAGGAAGCCAUCGAGAAACGGAUGCAACUGACUAGACUCCUACAGAAAGGCGGAUUUCCCAUUCGCAAGUGGGCCUCAAAUGAAUCUUCAGUGCUGCGAGCUGUUCCACCCAACGACCGAGCAAGUGAGUUGGCCUUAGACCUCGAACCCGACCCAACAAUCAAGACGCUUGGGCUAAAAUGGCAGUGCCGCAGUGAUUUGUUCGUGUUUGUGGCGAAUUGUGAUCCCUUCCAAGCCGUAUUCACCAAACGACAAGUGCUCUCAACGAUAGCGAAGAUAUUUGAUCCUCUAGGAUUGAUCGGACCCGUCGUAACUAUUGCAAAGGUCUUCAUGCAGGAGAUAUGGAAGAUUGCCAGUGACUGGUCAGACCCGCUACCGGCCUCUUUCAACCAACGAUGGAGGACGUACCUGACCCAUCUACGAGAAGUCUGGAGAAUUAAGGUGCCUAGGAGAAGCAUCUCGAUCGACAAACCCACACGCAUCUAUCUACACGGUUUCUGUGACGCGUCGGAGCUCGCAUAUGGGGCGGUAAUCUACUUACGCGCCAUUGACAAGUAUGGUAACACCAGUUCGCGCCUUCUGUGCUCGAAGUCAAAGGUUUGUCCGAUCAAUCGCCCAACGAUUCCUCGCAGCGAAUUGUGCGCUGCCGCACUAUUAGCAGAAUUGAUAAAGACGGUCAAGCAGAAUCUUCGCCUAGAGAUCAACCAAACCUUAGCCUUCAGUGAUUCGAUGACGACUUUAGCGUGGAUAGCGGGUGACCCAUCAAGAUGGAAGACGUUCGUAGCAAAUCGCGUGGUGCAGAUCAACGAGAUUCUUCCUGCAAUCAACUGGAGGCACGUACGCACCCAUCAGAAUCCAGCCGAUCUCUUAAGUCGAGGUGCAGCUCCCGUGUCACUUGCUGAAAAUCAUCUGUGGUGGUCGGGUCCGGACUGGGAACCUGAAAGUUUACGAGAGCCGCAAGAAGUUCAUCUUGCGCCAAAGGAGAAGGAGGCGAUGGACAACGAGAAGCGCAGGUCAGCAGAGGUGGCUUCUUACUACAUGGUAGCUAGCGAUCUUCUAGAUGACAUCAUAGCGAGGUAUUCAUCUUAUCGAACUAUGGUCAGAGUUACAUCCUGGAUGAUCCGUUUCGUCGUCAACAUUCAACUCCCCCGAGAACACCGAAACACAGGUCCUUUAUCAGUGGGUGACUAUGAGGCAGGUGAAAGAAUGCUCGUCCGAUAUUCACAACAUCAGGCGUUCGACGCUGAAAUCACGGCACUUCAACAAGGCGAACCCUUGCCGCAUAAGAGUAAACUGUGGCCAUUAACACCAUUUCUGGAUGGCGGACUCCUCAGGGUGGGCGGCAGGUUGGCGAGGGCGGAUAUGAUCUACGAGUCGAAACACCCUUGGAUCCUACCCGCAGGUUGUCGUUUAGCGAAGGUUUUGUUUCAUCAAGAACACGUGAAGAAUCAUCACAUCGGAGCACAAGCACUACUGGCGUUCACUCGGCGACGAUUUUGGGUUCCAAACGGAAGGAAUUUGGCACGCAAUACUGUUUGGAGCUGCAUUCCGUGCUAUCGAAAGAGCCCAGAGCGUGGUUUGACUCAGCCAAUCAUGGGACAGCUUCCACCAGAACGAGUGAAUCAGGCCCCCCCAUUUUUCAUCAGCGGAGUCGAUUACGGUGGCCCCAUCACAUUGGUCGAUCGUCGCGGCAGAGGCGCAACAUCAACGAAAGGGUACAUCGCUAUAUUUGUAUGCUACGCAACAAGAGCCGUUCACAUCGAAGCGGUUACGAAACUCACAACUACCGCGUGUCUCGCAGCGUUGAGGCGUUUCAUCGGGCGUAGAGGAGCAGUUGGACAUCUCUAUAGCGACAAUGGUACAAAUUUCCAAGGAGCAUCGCGAGAAAUGCGGGCAUGGUACAAAAAAAUCCAAUCGGAUGAUCACAAUCAGCGAGUCGCUAAUUUCCUGUCGGCUGGAGGCACACAGUGGCAUUUCAACGUUCCCGGAGUCCCUCAUCUAGGCGGCCUGUGGGAAGCGGCGAUAAAAACCGCAAAACACCACCUCAACAUCGUGACCGGAAACGCGCGCUUAACCUUCGAAGAAUUUACCACUUUGUUGAUCGAAAUUGAGGCAAUCAUGAACUCAAGACCAAUUUCUCCAUGCUCAAAUGAUCCAAACGAUCUUCAAGCCUUGACACCGGGUCAUUUGCUGAUUGGACGACCCAUCAAGGAGCAGAAUGAAAACGGAAAUUAUCUUCCCAAUCCAGAUGUCCCCUACGACUUAAGAUUCCGGUACAUAAUGGAGCUGAAGAACCAUUUCUGGGAACGUUGGCACAGGGAAUAUAUUCCCGAACUCCAAAUCAAAGGAAAAUGGCAAAAACCUUCGAACGAGAUUAUUCCCGGGGAUCUAGUUCUCAUCAGAUCCAAAAAUUUACUUUCAACCCAGUGGAGAUUAGGUCGGGUGCUGAAGUUGCACGAUAGUCCGGAUGGUCAUCCCAGGACGUACAAAAGGAAAACUAGCCGGAAGAUUUGCUCUCCGGAGAUGCUGGAAAGCGCCAGGCAGUGGUUGAAGGACGGAGAAUCGAAGCGCCGGAUUGCUGAAAGCCUCGGGACUUCGGAAUCAACCUUGCGUAAACGCCUUAAGAAGGUAAUCAACAGAAGGGAUUCGGUGCUGAAUACCAUGGACAAUUCACUUCAGUUUUUACUCCUCAGCAGUCAGAGGAUAUCGUAA